GCUCUUGACGUCGCCGUCACCAGCAGGAGCCGGAUAUCCGCCACGAACGGAAAAAUCCCAUAUUUGGGCAUUCCUAGCGGGAGCAAUGGCAGCUUACAUUGAAAGUGAACGGCUAGCUUGGUGUUGAUUGUGUAGCGUAAAUGAUCGAUUUUUAGACAUUUUCAACCUAUGAUCGAAACGGAAGAGCGCUGGAUUGGAACGUAUAUAUUUUUGAAAAUGCCAAGAACCAAGUUCUAGUCACCGAACCGUUAAACCGCUAACUUACCAAACCGAAACCAAUUAGCACGGCUUUAGCAUCCUCGACACCGUUCGUGAAUUCUCUCGCUAACAUCCCCGACUCUCACCCGGUAUCCACCGCUCUCUAUGCCCGAGCAAGGCCCGAGGAUGAACAGCUUCUCCCUCGGCGAGUUGUGCUGGCUCUUCUGCUGCCCGCCGUGUCCGAGUCGCAUCGCGGCCAAACUGGCGUUUCUUCCGCCCGAGCCAACGUACUCCAUCCACACGGACGCGAGCGGCGCGACCAGCCUGCACCUCACCGAGCGGGCCGACUGGCAGUACUCACAGCGCGAGCUCGACGCCGUGGAGGUGCUGGUGACCCGAACCAGCCGCGGGAACCGGCUCGGCUGCAUGUUCGUCCGCUGCGCGCCUGCUAGCCGCUACACGCUGCUGUUCUCCCACGGGAACGCCGUGGAUCUGGGCCAGAUGUGUAGCUUCUACAUCGGCCUCGGCUCCAGGAUCAACUGUAACGUGUUCUCCUAUGAUUACUCGGGUUACGGGGUCAGUACCGGGAAACCGUCCGAGAAGAACCUGUACGCUGAUAUCGAAGCGGCCUGGCAGGUGCUGAGGAACAAGUAUGGAGUGACUCCGGAAAACAUCAUACUGUACGGGCAGAGCAUAGGGACGGUGCCGACGGUGGACCUGGCAUCCCGAUACGAAUGCGCAGCAGUGAUCCUCCACUCUCCCCUCAUGUCCGGCUUGCGUGUGGCCUUUCCCGACACCCGCAAAACCUACUGUUUUGAUGCCUUCCCGAGGUAAGAUCCAGACAUCUGUGGAC